UCUAGCUUGUUCAUAUGAUUUUCUUGAGCUAUAAUGAUCAUACGAUGCGUCAAAUGUGAACUCUCUUAUUGCCGGCUUUAUCUAUCAAGAUCAAUAUAUGGUGAUGCACGCUAGCGCGACAAGCAUAGGGGAUAUUUGAUACAAGUGCUUGAACGAAUAGGAUGACAUCACAGAUCAGCACAGGAUGGCCCGAUCUUAGCGUGAAGGGAGGCCUUCUGAGACAGGAAUAUGUAGUUGCUCUUGGCUUGACCUGCUGUGUUCCAAUCUUGCGAUAUGUCCUACACGGUGCUGUCUUCCAGCCAGCAGCCAGGAGGAUCUUGAAAACAGAUGCUUUCACAAAAGCCGGCAGUGUCCCUAUCAAGCUCCUCCGCCUGGUGGACAAAGUUUGCGAAUCUCUUUGGAAGCUGACGGUGUACGCAACACUGCUGGCCUUAGGUCUCUAUGCUCUGCAUGACCAGCCAUACCUGACAGACAGUACAGAGUUCUGGACUGGCUGGCCUUCACAGAACAUACCGGCAAAGGUGAAGCUGUACUAUGCAGUGGAGGGAGCGUUCUACACAGCGUCAGUCUUCAUGCUGCUGUUCUGGGAGGAGCGCAGGAAGGAUUUCCAUGCCAUGCUGCUGCACCAUGUCGCCACUUCCUCCCUCAUCGCUGUGUCCUACUUCUUCUCGUAUGCGCGCGUGGGCUCGAUAGUGAUGCUGCUGCAUGAUCCCAGCGACGUGUUCUUGGAGGGAGCAAAGAUCUGCAACUAUGCUGACUGGGACAUUCCGGCCACGUCCCUCUUUGCAGCGCUGCUCGUGUCCUGGCUUAUCCUGCGACUUGUCCUGCUGCCCUUCUGGGUCGUCCGCAGCUGCCUGUUUGGCGUGCAGGAUGUGCUGGGGUACCUGCCGCGCUAUAACACUCUCAUGAGCGCUGUUCUGUGCCUGCUGAUCGUGCUGCACAUCUACUGGUUCUCCAUGAUUGCGCGCAUUGCCUGGGACAAGGUCACCACUGGCUCUGCCAGUGACACACGCGAAGAUGAGGAUUAG